CGGAGGGGCCGUUUCGAGCGCUGCACCGCGGCGCCGGAAGUUGCCCGCGGGUUGGGAUUCCGCUCCGGCUUCGGCAUCCGCUACACCCCCCCUCUCCCUCCGCCCGCGAUGGAGGAGACCGAGAUGCAGCUCAAGGUGAAAAAAGUUACAGACAAAUUCACAGAGAGCAUGUACAUCCUGGCCAACGAGCCGUCUGUGGCACUGUACCGACUGCAGGAGCAUGUCAGGCGCUCCCUUCCGGAGCUAGCCCAGCACAAGGCUGACAUGCAGAGCUGGGAGGAGCAGAGUCAAGGAGCCAUCUAUACUGUGGAGUACGCCUGCAGCGCCAUAAAGAACAUGAUGGACAGCAGCGUGUAUUUUGAGAGCAUCGACAGGCUGCUCAAGCAUGCCAUCGCUGUGAAGGAUCAGCUGAAUUCCGCUCCGGGCCGCAGCGCCGCUGCCCUGCAAGCCCCGAAUCCGCCAGCCAGUUCCUGAUUUCAGACCAGACUGGCCUUCCUCUGCCUUUUUCAUCCAGCCCAGCAUUGGAUGGCCUGGGUGUCAAGAGAGGACGCUGCCCACACACCUUGUCUCUGGGGACGUGCAGGGAUGAGAGCCGCCGACUCCUUUUAAAAGCUUCUGAAGCCAAAGCUACAAGUGACUAGCCACACGUGGUAUAUAAAGGCCCAGUGGAGGGCUGUGAUCUCCGUGGGCAGAUGUCAUGGCCCUAGCUAGCUCAUUGACUAGUUGCCCUGUUUGUGUCAAGCCAGGGGCUGGGUUUUGGGACUUGCUUGUCACAGCCGAUCUUCCCUGCCACCCCUCUGAGAGACUCCAAGGAGAACGGAGGUGUGCUCUCCCCCCCAAUCUCCGGGAGAAAGCCAGCACAGGGGAGGGGCAUUUUGGGGGAUUGGUGG